AUGGCCCGUGCUCUCAGCGUGUUCAUCUUCAUAUCAGCCUUCGUAGUCGGUGCAGCUGCACAAUGUGCGAACCCCCUACAGGCAUGUGACUUCUACUUCAAGCCUCCACGUGGCAUGAAGCCAUUUGUCCCCACGUUCAAGAUACGGUCCUCCAAUAUGAAUCUCAUGCUCAGCCAAACUUUCAUCAUGCACAAGUCGGGUGACGUCGUGCUAUCCACGAGCAAUAAUAACGAGUACAACGGAUGCAUAAUGACGCCAAGAACGGACUGGCGUACAUGCGAUAAGGUGUUUCUGUUCAAGGGAGCGGGAAACGGGCCCAGUUCCUACGUCAACACCAACCUCGUCGCCAUGUACCCCAUGACCCCCGACGUCGUCCCUUUGUAUAAGAAUAGGUGCAUCGUGCUGCGGAUGGACAACACUCGUCUCGCCCGCAGCGGUUACCUCAACAGCGGGGAUACCCGCAUGAGAUUCCCUGAGCAACGCCGCUGCAUCGUUUUCAAGACCGCCGAGAACUACGCCGUGCCCAUCGCUCAGCCGCCGCCUCGCGAGCCGUCACCAGAAGUUGUGGUAGGAACGGUUUAUCCGUUCGAGCCUCCUGACUCGCCCACGGCGUGGGAACCACAUCCAGACAUUGAAUUAGUUCCCGGCGGCGGCGAGGGCUCGUCAAAGCCGCCCACUGCUUCGCCGUCUACUGUCAGCACCGCGCCCGUGAAGCGACCGCGUGUGGGAACAACGUACAAGCAGCAGACGCUCUGGGGCGCCCCUCCUCCCCGAAACGCUACUCCCCACAAGCGCUCUGCUCCUUCUGCCGAUCCGAAGCCACCCACCGCUCUGGCGGAUGCUGAGUAUGAGUCGGUCAAGAAGACCUUUGAGGGUCAGUGGGCAGGUAGCUUCAAGUGGUUGCGUUUACUGCGCAUGUCUAACAGCCGUCCGUCUCUGAAGUGUGCUAUUUGUGCGAAGCAUGGAGACCCACAAGCGCACACCGCUUACGGGCUGAGGGGUGAGGGAGCGCGGGAUCUCCAGAUUGGCAGCAUCCGCAUUCACACCUCAUCCCGUGCACACAAGCAGGCGUUGGAGAACCAAGAGAAGGCGGAGGCGGAGAAGGCGAAGCAGGCUUCUAUCACUCGCUGGCAGGCAACGGACGCAUCCAGUCGUCACAUCAUUCGGCUCCUCCACAUCGCGCAUUUUGUGGACAUCACCCUUGUUGCGCACAUCGUGCAGCAGACAAGGCUACGUCUGAAGACGCGGUAUUCCCUCCGCGACCCUACACAACAUUUCGGCAGCGGGGAGAAGAUGCAGCUUCCCGAGUUCAUCAAGAGUCACGGGAAAACGGACAAGCGCGAGAUGAAGGCGGAGGGCGUAGACGGGGACGGGAAUCCCGUGACGUUUGAGUUCACGCUGCACGAGCGCCCUCUGCCUGGACACGAGACGGGAGGCGAUGUUACGGCGUGCGUCGAGUUGGCGAUCAAGUACGUGCGCGCCAUUGACAAGGAGCUGGAGUGGCGCAUGCGAGACCUGGAGCUUCUGGAAGGCUCGAAGCUUUUCCGCACAGCCUCGUACGUGUCCGACGACACGAAGCGGGUGGAAACCUUCAAGAAGUGGCUCGGGCAGCUGCACAAGCUGUACCACCACAGGCUGCCUGGUAAGCCUGCCGUUGCGCUUGCACAUGUUAUCAUGUUUGUUGUCGCUCUUAUGCCUGCCUUGCGGUUGACCAUUGCACAUCCUGCAUACUGUGGCUUGUUGGACUAA